AUGUUUCUUCACGAGCGUGUUCAGUGUUUCAGGCCAAACACAGGCAAAGGUUCUGUUCUGUCUGGUUGGACUCUGGAUGUAGCCUAUGGACCAGAGGAGGCGCGUCCUCCACAAACUCUGUACUCUCAUCUUUUCCCUGAAGCGGACCUGCAGCAGCCGCCAUCAUGGUCCCUGAGCAACGCCACCAUCAUCAAUGAGGAGGUGCUGAAUGCAAUGCUAAAGGAGGUGUGCGCGGCGCUCCUCGAGGCCGACGUCAACAUCAAACUUGUGAAACAGCUCAGAGAGAACGUCAAGUCGGCCAUAGACUUGGAGGAGAUGGCGUCCGGUCUGAACAAACGUAGGAUGAUCCAACAUGCCGUCUUCAAGGAGCUCGUCAAGCUCGUCGACCCUGGAGUCAAAGCCUGGACUCCGACAAAAGGAAAGAACAAUGUCAUCAUGUUUGUGGGACUUCAGGGCAGCGGCAAAACCACCACUUGCUCCAAGUUGGCAUAUUAUUACCAGAGGAAAGGCUGGAAGACCUGCCUGAUCUGUGCAGACACAUUCAGAGCUGGAGCAUUCGAUCAGCUCAAACAAAACGCCACCAAAGCCAGAAUCCCCUUCUAUGGCAGUUACACAGAGAUGGACCCGGUGGUGAUUGCGGCGGAGGGAGUGGAGAAGUUCACGUCUGAGAAUUUUGAGAUCAUCAUCGUGGACACGAGCGGACGACACAAACAAGAAGACUCUCUGUUUGAGGAGAUGCUGCAGGUGUCCAACGCUGUGCAACCGGACAACAUCGUGUACGUGAUGGAUGCGUCCAUCGGUCAGGCCUGUGAGGCUCAGGCCAAAGCCUUCAAAGACAAAGUGGACGUGGCCUCAGUCAUUGUCACCAAACUGGACGGUCACGCCAAAGGGGGCGGAGCUUUGAGCGCUGUGGCAGCCACUCGCUCGCCCAUCAUCUUCAUUGGAACAGGAGAACAUAUUGACGACUUUGAGCCUUUCAAGACUCAGCCGUUCAUCAGCAAACUGCUCGGCAUGGGAGACAUCGAGGGCCUCAUCGACCGAGUGAACGAACUGAAGCUGGAUGACAACGAGGAACUCAUCGACAAACUCAAACACGGUCAAUUCACGCUCAGAGACAUGUACGAACAGUUCCAGAACAUCAUGAAAAUGGGCCCCUUCGGACAGAUAAUGGGCAUGAUUCCAGGCUUCGGCACAGAUUUCAUGAGUAAAGGAAAUGAGCAGGAGUCGAUGGCUCGUCUGAAGAAGCUGAUGACGAUAAUGGACAGUAUGAACGACCAGGAGCUGGACAGUAAAGACGGAGCCAAACUCUUCAGUAAAAUGCCAAACCGCAUCCAGAGAGUGGCCCGCGGCUCCGGGGUGGCCACCAGAGAUGUCCAGGAGCUGCUCACACAGUACACAAAGUUCGCCCAGAUGGUGAAGAAGAUGGGCGGAAUCAAGGGCCUGUUCAAAGGAGGAGACAUGUCGAAGAAUGUGAACCCUUCUCAAAUGGCCAAACUAAACCAGCAGAUGGCAAAGAUGAUGGACCCCAGGGUUCUGCACCACAUGGGAGGAAUGGCCGGCCUCCAGUCCAUGAUGCGGCAGUUCCAGCAGGGGGCAGCAGGGAACAUGAAAGGCAUGAUGGGAUUCAACAACAUGUGA